AUGUUUAAGACAAUUGCCGAUCCUGCCUACUGUGAAGUGCGUUCUGUAAUACAGUUUUUGAACACAAAGAAUGUUAAGCCAGUUGAAAUUCAUCGUCAACUUGUAGAGAUUUAUGGUGAAAAUGUAAUGGUGAGAAAGUGGGUUCGACAAUUCAAUGCAGGACGCACCAAUGUUCAUGAUGAAGCACGGAGUGGCCGGCCUUCUGUUGUCAAUGAUGGUUUGGUUGCAAAACUUGCCCUAGUAUCGUGGAGAGAUUAUCUAUUCAAGCCACUUCACAAACAGGUAACUAGUGCCGUUUUAAAACUUAUUGAAAAAGAAAGAAAUGGAGAAACAAUAAAUACAAGACUUGUCAGUGGAGUAAUGAACUGUUAUGUCGAAUUGGGACUUAACGAAGAUGAUCCUUCUGCCAAAGGCCAAACGUUAUCGGUGUAUAAAGAAGCUUUCGAAAACACCUUCCUUGAAGAUACAGAGAGAUUUUAUACCAGAGAAAGCACGGAGUUUCUUAGGCAAAAUCCAGUUACAGAAUAUAUGAAAAAGGCUGAACAAAGAUUACUAGAAGAAUCAAGAAGGGUUCAGUUGUAUUUACACGAGACAACAUUGGAAGUUUUAGCCAAAACUUGUGAGAAAGUUCUAAUUGAAAAACAUUUAGAAAUAUUUCAUUCGGAAUUUCAGAAUCUCCUUAAUGAUGAUAAAAAUGAAGAUUUAGGAAGAAUGUUUCAGUUGGUUUCACGCAUUCCCGACGGGUUAGGAGAAUUAAGAAAUCUCUUGGAAGCCCAUAUUCAUAAUCAGGGUCUUUCAGCCAUCGAAAAAUGUGGAGAGACGGCAUUAAAUGAUCCAAAAAUGUACGUCAAUACAAUAUUAGACGUACAUCGUAAAUAUAAUGCUCUGGUCAUGACGGCUUUCAAUAAUGAGGCAGGCUUUGUUGCAGCAUUAGAUAAGGCUUGUGGAAAGUUUAUCAAUAACAAUGCUAUUACCAGAAUGGCAAACUCUUCCAGCAAGUCUCCAGAACUAUUAGCAAAAUAUUGUGAUCUCCUAUUGAAAAAAAGGUUAAGUUUUGAGAUGAGUAAUAGAAAGUUUUUUAUACAGAUGAUAGUUUUCAAGUAUAUAGAAGAUAAAGAUGUUUUCCAGAAAUUUUAUAGUAAAAUGCUUGCUAAGAGGUUAGUUCAGCAUAUGUCAGCUAGUGAUGAUGCAGAAGCCAGUAUGAUUUCCAAAUUGAAACAAGCAUGUGGUUUUGAAUAUACGUCAAAGUUACAGAGGAUGUUUCAGGAUAUUGGAGUUAGCAAAGACCUAAAUGAGCAGUUCAAGAAUCAUUUAGCCAACUCAAAUGAACCAUUAGACUUGGAUUUUAGCAUACAGGUGUUAAGCUCAGGAUCUUGGCCAUUUCAACAGUCGUUUACAUUUGCACUUCCGCAAGAAUUAGAGAGAAGUGUUCAAAGGUUUACCAUGUUUUACAGUAGCCAACAUAGUGGACGUAAGCUUCAUUGGUUAUAUAACAUGUCAAAAGGAGAAUUAGUAACUAAUUGUUUUAAAAAUAGGUACACGUUACAAGCUUCAACAUUUCAAAUGGCUGUAUUAUUACAAUAUAACACCGGUGAUAAUUUUACAAUUACUCAACUUCAAGAAAGCACACAGAUUAAAAUGGAUAUCUUAAUUCAAGUAAUUCAGAUUUUAUUAAAAUCUAAAUUACUUGUUUCUGAGGAUGAUGAAGGUGAAUUGCAACCAAGUUCAGUAGUGUCUUUGUUUUUUAAUUAUAAAAAUAAAAAACUGAGAGUAAAUAUUAACGUACCAAUGAAAACUGAAAUGAAAAUUGAACAAGAAACAACACACAAACAUAUUGAAGAAGAUAGGAAGCUUCUUAUUCAAGCAGCUAUUGUUCGGAUUAUGAAAAUGAGAAAAGUGCUUAAGCAUCAGCAGCUAUUAGCGGAAGUAUUAAAUCAGUUGUCGUCGAGAUUUAAACCAAGAGUACCGGUUAUUAAGAAAUGUAUCGAUAUAUUGAUUGAAAAGGAGUAUUUGGAGAGGACUGAAGGACAAAAGGAUACAUACAGUUAUCUUGCAUGAUAAAAUAGUCAUCGUUAGACUAUUUUUUCAUCACAGUUACACGUAAUUUGUAUGAAACAAUUCGGGCACCCAUCGGCUGUGUUUUAAUGGUUGCCUUUGUAUUAACAUCAAAAUUUCUAUGAACGUGACACCAGCGACUGUGUGGGAUACAAAAAUAGCGAAUCCAAUUGGUUGGCGGAGUAAACGUGAGGAUCGACAAAGUAACUCUAUUUUGUUCCACACGACCAUCGGUCGACUUUUGCUACUUAUAUUAGUAACAAGUGUUGGAAAUUUCUGUAAUCACGAAAACUGUUGUGGUGGCAUUAGCGCUCUGUCAACAUCGAGAAUAUAAUUGAAACCGACACCGAUGGAUGAAUUAAUUUUUCAUUUUAUAAAUAUUUCUAAUGUUGGACUAAACAUAACAUUCUACGAUACAAUGAUUUAGUGUCGUGUAGAUAAAAAACAAAUUCAGUGUAAAGUUAAAACGCGAGCAUUUACUACACUACUAUUGGUAUAUGGACAAUAUAAUUUUUGUUUUCUUUAAAAGAUUUUGCAAAAUUAGCCAACACAAAACAUAAGCACGAUUAUAGCAUAAAGAAAAGAAAAAAAAUAGUUAAAUGCAUACACCUGUACGGUGCGGUUUAUGGAAUCUUUUUUAAUCACUUCCGUUUCGAAGUCUGUCAAAUUUUUCCCGCCGUUCGCGCAUGCGGAACCCAUAAUGUAAAAUAUAUAAUGUGACUCUUCUGGUUGUCAUUCCAUCUAUUGUACAGGGGUAGGUGGACAAUCCGGUGAACUCGACGGUUCACAUUGUAUAAAAGUCGACGCCGCCUUUUUUCGAGAGAUCUCUCUUCCAGCCAUGUACAUUAGUUCUUUCGUUUUUUUAGUUUGUUUAUAAUUGAAUUCGUUUUAUUUAUGAAAAUGUACGCUACCUGUAUUAAAACGAUUGCAACGUCCUUCCAAAAUUUUCAAAGGAAUGUGUUUUUAACCAAAAAAAUAUAUAUUUAUAUAUUUUAUGGGUUAUUUUACUUAAUUUUGUUUUCUUCUUGGUUUAAUGAUUGGGAAAUUCUUUUGUAAAAAUCGUUUGAAAUUCUGUCAAAACAAAACAGAAGGCCUCGGUUUCAAAAUUUGUGGAAAAGUAAUAUCUAUUAAUAAGCAAACUGCUAAUAAAUGAAAAUGUAUAUA